AUGGCUCCCGCAAGGAUUGACAACGUCACGUUUGAUGUGACACGCGACGGCGGUGCCCUCGACAAGACAUCAGAUGAUAUCGAUAUUGUCAAUGUCUUGAAAGCAGAACUCGAGGGAUCCAUCCCUUAUGAUCAGCCCAAAUUUGGAGCAGACAAGGACAAGUCCAAGUUCCGGCAAUACGAGACUGCCUGCGAACGGGUCAAGGCUUUCUAUCGAGAGCAGCACGAGAAGCAAACGGUUGCAUACAAUCUGAAAGCCCGUAACGAGUUCCGGUCCAGAGUCAGAGCUGAGAUGACAAUUUGGGAAGCAAUUGAGAAACUCGAUACCUUGAUCGACGAGUCAGAUCCGGACACCUCCCUCUCCCAAAUCGGCCAUCUUCUCCAAUCCGCUGAAGCCAUCAGGCGCGACGGAAAGCCAAGAUGGAUGCAACUCACUGGCUUGAUUCAUGACCUAGGGAAGCUUCUCUUCUUCUUUGGCGCAGAAGGCCAAUGGGACGUGGUAGGAGAUACAUUCCCAGUUGGAUGCGCCUUUGACGAGCGAAUUAUCUAUCCCGAGACAUUUGCAAACAAUCCUGAUCUUGGGCACCAAAUAUACGGGACCAAGUUCGGCAUAUAUUACCCCAACUGCGGCCUUGAUAAUGUCAUGCUUUCCUGGGGCCAUGACGAGUAUCUGUACAAUGUCGUCAAGACCCAGUCGACCCUCCCCAAGGAGGCACUGGCCAUGAUUCGCUAUCAUUCGUUUUAUCCCUGGCACACGGCUGGUGCAUAUAGGCACCUGAUGAACGACGACGACGAGCGCAUGCUUGAGGCGGUCAAGGCUUUCAACCCGUAUGAUCUAUACAGCAAGACUGAUGACGUUCCGAAUAUCGAAGAACUAAAGCCUUACUACCUCGAGCUCAUCGAAGAAUUUUUCCCGCAACACGUUGUGAAAUGGUGA